AGCAACAGGUAAAUUACACUCAGGCAGAAGGAGAAGUCAUGUAAGAAAACCGAUCAGGUGUAGCUGUCUUGUUACCGUGUCCCUGUCCAUUUUACAGCAGAUCCCGUGUACACCAAACACCACAUAGAAGACUGUCUGUGGAUGUAAAGAUGGCUGUAACACAGGAGGUGGUAAUGAACUUUCUGCUGGGGCAUGGAGGAAAAGUGAAGAAUUCCGAACUUGUCAGGGAGUUUAAACCACUGGUUGACUCUCCUGACCCACUGGAAAAAGCCAACAACCGGGAGCUGUUCAAGAGCUUUGUCAACAAUAUAGCAGUGGUGAAAGAUGAAGAGGGAGGCAAGUUUGUUGUGCUGAGGAAAAAAUAUUGGAACUUACUGGCAGAAAGGAAUCAAAAUGGAGCAAGAGAGCAGGAUAAAGAACCCGCAGGGGCAGUCCAAAUAUUGCCUGAAACCCGAAGUCUAUCCGAUGCAGUACCCAGCAACCAACAAAGGAGACCUUCCAAACAAGAUUUAACUUUAGAUAAGGAAGAGUUACAGCUAACAGGUAUAGAUAAUACUGGUCCAAAUGCUCAACCAGUCACCAAUGCUAAUGAAUACAAUACUGCUGAUGAGUCUAGUCAGAAUGAAAAGAGGGAGUCUGUGUUUGCAAUUGUAGCUAGGAUGGAUACUGCUGGGCCAGCACCUGUUCCUAAAGCUCAAUCUAAGGAGUCUGCACAGAAACCCUAUAUGUUGCCUCUUAGGUACCCACAGCCUUCAUCCUCUUUUGAUGAUACAGAAGACCAAGAGGAAAAUAACUAUGAACAACAGAAAGUUGUCAAUACAGCUACAUCUGAGAUUACCAAACCAAUUCAAACAAAAUCCCCCCAUGUCAGUAGGAAACAAUUUGAUGAUGCAGGCUCCAAAUCCCCCCAUAUUAAGAGAUCAUCCAAAAUGAUAAAAGUUAGUGAGGAGAACAAAUACAUUGAUGUUGUUCCUCUAGAUGCAAAUGAGCAUGAAUGGCUAGUGAAAGCCACAAGUGGUCGCUGGAAUCACAGGUUACAUGGAUUGCUUCUAACUGAAAGUGAGUUGGCAGAGAAAAGAGACUUCAUCUCUGGAUUUACUGCUCUACACUGGGCCGCCAAGAGUGGAAACACUGAUAUGAUCAAAACAUUAAUUGAGGUAUCCAAAAAAGCUGAAAUCAAUCUCAAUGUGAAUGUCAAAUCACAUGGGGGUUAUACCCCACUUCAUAUUGCAGCUAUUCAUGACCAUAAAGACGUUGUCAAUCUGCUAGUAGUAGAAUACAAUGCUAAAGUACAUCUCCGAGACUAUAGCGGGAGGAAGCCUUACCAGUACUUAAAGAAAGGAGCCCCUGCUAAGAUAAGAAUUCUUUUGAAUGAUCCACAAGCUCAUAGCCUUGAACAAGCAAUCCCUGCCAAGAGAAAUUCAAAGGUUGCUUCUUCCAUAUUGGGCACUACCACUGCUUUCCUUGGUGUCAUUUCUGAUGACAUAAUUUUAACUGAUCUGGCUAAAGGACUAAAAAAGCCAGGACCCUUAAACAAGUUCUUUACUGCACCAGCAGUGCAUAAGAAAAAGCUCAAACCAAGAGACCGCUAUCCCUCCAUUUCCUCCCUUAAUGAAGAAAUUGAAGAAGAACCAGGAGAACCUGUUGGAAAAAGGAGACCAUUGUCUGACUACCUGCACCAUUAGUUUAUUUGUCCUUUUAAUCCUUUAAAAUGAUUAUGAAAGAUCACAGAUUAAAAAUUAAUUACAAUUUUCUUUCAUGAUAAAUGUUCAGUAGAAACAGUUAAUAUGAAAUCUAGCAGGGGAUUCACUGCAUACUGUUGCAAAUAUAUCCUCAUUGGCUGAAAGAGGCAAUCUCAGAGCUUUAUUGAUGGACAAAACUUUGACAGCUUAAAAAGAAGAAAAAAAUUAUAGAAAACUGUUGUAUCCCUUUUUGUAUCUUUUUCCAUUUUAUUAAUAUUUUUUUCUUCUCUUUUGAUUUACAAUAGCACUUUUUCUUCCUAGCACUGGCAAUCUGAGUUAGCUUUAUGUACUGUUUGAUAAUGGAGUAUUCCAGCCGCAUUAUUUUAAAGUACCUUUAUUAAAUAUAAUACACAGGAUGCUUGAAACUUUGUUACUCUAAGUUUGGACACUAUGUAUUACAUAUAAUAAAGGUCCUUUUAAAUGAUGUGGCGGGAACACACUCUAUUAUUUAAUUCAAAAGCGGUUUGGCAAGCUGGAUAUUAUUAUUAUUUUUUAAAUAUGCUGUGACAUAAUAUAGCAGUGCUUGACAAAUCCCAGGGAGCCAAACUCAGAAGUUUUCUUCUGACUUCUUUUCGGAGUAUUGUACAUAUAUCUAUAAUAAAUCACUUCUAGGACACCAAAUGUAUGGCUGGCUACCCAAUAUUGGCUACUAGGUUCAUAUAAUAUCAUGCCCUAUAAUAUAUUUUUUUGUAUAUAACUACAUAUUGUCUUUAUAUAGUGGUGCUGCCAAAAAGAAGGGUUUAAAGUGAAUGUAAAUUUUGAUGCUAAAG